ACACCAGGCCAGUCGUGCGACAAAUGACGAUGGGCAGUACAGCAAUAGCUGUGGAAAUCGUGAACGUAGCCAUUGGUGUUCUGCAAACAUGGCUACCGAUGCUUCUGUGUUGGAGACUCCCGUAUUGAGCGAGGAAAACAGCGAAAUGCUUACAGAAAAGACCGAAAAGGUAAAGCAGCAAGAUCCAGAAGCAGUGAAAGAUGAGGCGGGGGAUAGCUGUGUAGAUGCACCGCUGAAAAUUGCGGAAGCGGUUGCGGAGUGCGUGCAAGACGGAGAAGUAGGGGAUGCGAAACCUGCUGCAGAGGAGGAGGCCGUGGCUAUCGGAGCGGUAGCGGCUGCGGAAGCGGUAGUAGUGGUGACAGUGGCAACAACAGUCGCAGCAGCAACAAGGGACGCGAAUGAUAACGUGGUGGUGGGAUGCCAAUUUACCAAAUCAGAGGAAGAUAGACCGGUCCCGGAGGACGAUGUUGAUACUAGUGAUAAUAUUUUUGACGAUACGGUAAAGGAAUUAGAAAUAAAACCAGAAGAAGAGCCGAGAGAAGAGCGCCAGUUGCCUGUUAUAGUGAGUUGCGUGAAAGGAAAAGCCACCAGUGAGGAUGCCCCGGAGUCUGCGGAAGAGAAAACAAACACAGGAGGCGGGGGACUUGCGGUUGGGGACAAGAGGAGAGCCAGUGUAGAAAUGUCAUCCUCGGACGGAGAGCCACUCAGCCGGAUGGAUUCAGAGGACAGUGUCAGCAGUACCCUAAUGGACAUGGAGAGCACGGUAUCCAGCGGGAGGUCCACCCCAGCCAUGAUGAAUGGACAGGGCAGUGCCGCCCAGUGCCACUCCACUACCAAGGGCCAGGCGGUUGGCUAUACCUGUUGCUGGGACCAGUGUGGCCUCUGCUUUACCUGCAGCCCUGACCUGGCUGAACACAUCAGGGGCGUGCAUGUCGAUGGACAAAGAGGAGGGGUGGGUAGAACCAGGGUGUUUGUGUGUCUGUGGAAGGGCUGUAAGGUGUACAACACCCCUUCCACCAGUCAGAGCUGGCUCCAGAGACACAUGCUGACACACAGCGGAGACAAACCCUUCAAGUGUGUGGUCGGGGGCUGCAAUGCCAGUUUCGCGUCCCAGGGGGGGCUAGCGCGCCAUGUUCCCACCCACUUCAGCCAGCAGAGCUCCUCUAAGCUGUCCAGUCAGGGCAGACUGAAGGAGGAGUCACCGUCUAAGGCUGGGCUUAAUAAGAGAAAGAAACGAAUCCUGAUGAACAAACGCAGGCGCUCCCUACUGUCUCCUCUCCCACCAGCGAGGCCCCAUGACUUCUUCGAUGCCCAGACCAUGGACGCCAUCAGACACCGGGCUAUCUGCCUUAACCUGGCCACACACAUGGAGAGCACAGGCAAUGGACACAGUGUGGUGUUCCACAGCACGGUGAUAGCCAGGAGGAAAGAGGCCUCUGGGAAGGUAAAGGUGCUGCUCCACUGGACUCCAGAGGACAUCCUGCCUGAUGUGUGGGUGAACGAGACGGAGCGUUCUCAGCUGAAGACUAAAGUGGUUCACUUAUCCCAGCUACCACAGGACACCGCUAUGCUACUAGACCCCAACAUCUACAGACCGUUACCACAGAAGCAGCUGAAGCGAAGUCUGUAAGGAGUCUUCUGUGGACAGAGGACUACAGAAGGGAAGAACUCCUGUUCUUAGGAUGUGGGUCUAUAUGGGAGCCUAUAUAUGGGAGACGAGCAGAAGGGACCCUGGACAGAGGAGAGAUGUUACAUCCUUUUUCUGGGUAGAGUAGAGAAUGUUUCCGCUUUCCUCUGUAUUUUUUAAACUCACCACUGCAUCAGUCUGCAGUGAAAGUGGGUUAACCAUUUAAAAAGGUUCUGUUCUUUAAAAGGUAAUGAAUGUUUUAUAUUAAGUGCUAAACUUGAAAAGAAAAACAUGUAUAAAGGAUUUUAAGUGUACUACUAAAACUAUGGUUUGGUUGUUAUACACAACUGCGUAAAGAAAGAGUUUAAUUGUGUAGAAAGUAACAUACGGUAUUUUUUUGUAGACAUUGUUGUAAAUAUUUUUUGCAGAUUUGUAAGUUAUUUUUAUACCAUGAAAUACUGUAGUUUAUUGUGAAGCAUAAUAUGUAAUUAUUGUUUCAAUGUGAAAGCUCUUUUUGUAACCUAUUAUUGUUGAAAUUAUGUCAAAUUAAAUCAUCAGUCCAUGUAGUGUUCAUAUUGUCUCCGAUGAUUAUGAUAAAAUGGGGAUAAUGGAAAUGUUGACUUGUAUAGGCUACCCAUUAUUGCAUGACAGUGCUUAUUCUUGGGCUCUCUUGCUGUUGUCAACAAUUUGAUAGACACUAUCUUCACUAGUUACCACAGCCACAAAGUCAUAAACCCCGGCCAUUUCUACAAUUUAUCUCCUUACAAUUUGAUUUUAAACCUAACCUUAACCAUUACCACACUGCGAACCUUAUACCCUAACCUUAAUUAAGACCAAAAAGCCCGUUUUUGUUUUCAUUAAGUUUUACGAUAUAGCCAAUUUAGACUUUGUGGCUCUGGUAACUAGUUGAAACCGAUCGAUACAGACGUGUACAUUGAAGCAUGACCUCUAACCUUCUAGCACCUGUGACCACUAACUGCAUUAGUGUUAACUAGAACUCCUUAACCCCAAGGCAUGGCUAAUUCAUGAGUGUGUUAUUAUUAUAGCCUAUUUACCAUGUAUAUGUAUAAAGUUCAACAUUCAUAUGAGGACUUGUGAACUUAAAUUUCACUCUGUAUGUUGAAAGUGGAAUAUAUCACCAAUAAAACAAAAGAAGGUAAAAGGAUCUUGUUGAACAGCA